AUGGCCCUGCGAGGAUCAAGUGGAGGGGACUGGGACAGGAGGUUCUUGGUUGCAUGCGGUGGCUGCGCCCAGAAGGGCUACAUUUCCACACGCAUGUGCCCUCAUGCAAUCGAUUCCGAAUAUGCACCCAUCUUCGGUGCCGAGUGGGGUCCGCUCAUGGCCAUGCAGUCUCUGUGGUGGUCAGACUGGCACGAGAACGAUGCACAUUUCAUAUCCUCGCGAGGCAACGAAUACUUCUGCGAGAUUGACGAAGAAUACCUCACCGAUCGCUUCAACCUCACGGGCCUGAACACCGAAGUUCAGUACUAUCAAUAUGCACUCGAUCUUGUAACCGACGUCUUCGACUUCGACUGUGACGAUGAUAUGCGGGAACAGAUUGAGAAGUCGGCGCGGCAUCUGUACGGACUGGUACAUGCACGAUACAUUGUCACAACCAGGGGUCUAGCAAAGAUGCUCGAGAAGUUCAAGAAAUCUGACUUCGGCAAAUGCCCCCGCGUCAUGUGCGAAUCGCAACCCCUCCUUCCCAUGGGUCAAUCCGACGUCCCCAACGCCUCACCCGUAAAACUCUACUGCGCUCGCUGCGAGGACCUGUACAACCCCAAGUCUUCUCGUCAUGCCGUAAUUGACGGCGCCUACUUUGGCACCUCGUUCCACAACAUCCUCUUCCAAGUCUACCCCGCGAUGCUGCCGCCAAAGUCGCAACGGCGGUACGAGCCGCGCGUUUUCGGCUUCAAGGUACACUCUGCAGCAGCGCUGGCGCGAUGGCAAGCAGACAAGAAGGACGAGAUGAAAGACAGACUCAAGACACUGAAGAUGGAGACUGGAUUCGAAGAGGAGGAUGAGGAGGAAGACGACGAUGAGGAUGACGAUGAUAUGGAAACUGCAGAAGUCGACGCUGCAGCUGCCCAGCUAUGA